AUGCGGCUAAGCUCAAGGGCUUUCCAGCCGGGAGCGAUACUCGACUCGUUCCUAGGUAUACUGGAUAUCAAGCUGGGCUGCGAGAUUGUUCUGCUCUUCGGUCUCAUCAACAAAGUAGCGGGUGUCUACGGCCUGAUCACCAUCUUCGUUGGCGGUUCCUUUCUUCAAUACCUCUUCUACGCCUAUUCCAUCGGGACGCUCUUCGCCUUCCUCUGGGCUUUGAAUAUCGUCAAAUCAGAAAAAGCAAAACCCGCCCUCCUCGUCGCACACCUCUACACCCUGGACCACCUCAUCCUCUCCAUCGCGCACUAUGGUUUCUACAUCCACUACUGGUUCGUCGUCGCGCACGACGGGCGGCGGAUCAUCAAUUCAUCGGCACAGCAGGCUCUGAUCGAUCUGGCGGUGAGCAGGGGGGAGACGACGGAUCCCACCUCGGGCGGAGGUGCUGGGGCGGGUGGGGGAGAUUACGAGCGGAAGCGAUUAGCAGAGGGGAUAUGGGCAAGUGAGAGGGUGGUAGCGCUUUGGAUAUUGGCUGUUGGGUGGCUGGUCAAGAUUUACUUCAUCCUCAGCCUAUACUCUUACGCCGCACACCUCCGCUCAUCGACCUAUCACGCCCUCCCACUGACUUCCCGGUCCAAGGCGAGCCGGAUCGCCCAUCCGACGUCCCAGGCGGAUCUGGAGGCGGAGGUACUGCAUGAUGAGCUCGAAGAGGGCGCGAGCGAUGGACGGCCGGGCACCAAGGGGAGCGCGCUGGUUGGUGAGCAGGCGGUCAGGUCGGGGCCGGCCGAAGCGGACUUGGACUUGGCCCUGCAGGGCGUGGGUUAUAGGAAAGUAGAGAAACCGAUGAAAGAGGGCGAGGAGGACGAUUGGGAUAUGGGGGAUGAUGAGGGGAAGAUGGGGGAUGCGUCAGCAUCAGGAUCGGGAUCUAGGAAUUGA